AUUUCUGAGCUAAUAAUCUCCUGCAUGCAUGUGUCGUUUUCUUACUUAAAUGUUCUUCCUCUCCCCACAAACACUUCCCCAUAUAUAUGAAGAGGCGGCCGGGAGACACAGAAAGCUAGAGAUCAGGCUGAGCGCGCUCUUGAAGUCGACGCCAUUGCUUGCAUAUCAUUUCGGCUACCUUGUACUUUGAUAAUAAGCAUCGUUACAGAAAUGGGCGAAUUCUGCGUGGUAAUAGGAAAACAAAGAACAGGAUCAGAAGAAAAAAGAAAGCAGCACAGAAGAUCAGAAGCUGGCCGGAGAAGAGAAAAUGGAAGAGAAGCCACAGGAGAUUGUGCUUAAGGUUGAUAUGCAUUGUAAGGCCUGUGCGAGGAAAGUGACGAGUGCCUUGAAAGGAUUUGCAGGAGUUGAGGGGGUAACCACAGAUAGCAAGGCCAGCAAGGUGGUGGUGAAAGGAAAAGCUGCAGACCCCAUAAAGGUUUGCGAAAGACUACAAAAGAAAAGUGGCAAAAAGGUUAAGCUAAUUUCACCUCUGCCAAAACCCUCUGAAGAGACAAAAGAAGAAAAAAUAGAAGAGAUCAAGGUGGAAGCUGAGAUCAAAAAACAAGAACAGCCUCCUGCUGUUAUUACGGUUGUUCUAAAAGUUCGAAUGCAUUGCGAAGCUUGUGCUCAAGUUUUACAGAAGCAAAUCCGAAAAAUAAAAGGUGUUGAAUCAGUGGAAACAGACCUAGCCAAUGACCAAGUAAUGGUUAAAGGAGUAGUGGAACCAACAAGGCUGGUUGACUAUGUGUACAAGAGAACCAAAAAGCAAGCUUCCAUAGUGAAGGAUGAAGAAAAGAAAGAAGAGAAGAAAGAAGAGGAAAAGAAGGAAGAUAAAGAAGAAAAGAAGCAAGAUGGUGAGGAAGAAGGCAAGGGAGAGGAUGAUAUGAAGAUCAGUACUGAUAUCAAGCGAAACGAAUAUUGGCCAACAUCCAAGUACUUGUCGGAAUACUAUGCAUAUCCUGCUCAGAUAUUCAGUGAUGACAACCCCAAUGCUUGCUCAGUUAUGUAAAUGUAACACAUGUUGUGCCUAUUGUUGUAGUGCCCUGAACAGCUGUCUAUGCAAUGUUCUACCUGUAGUUAGAUAAAAUAAUAAGAGAACUUUUUCUUCUUUUAGAUAAAAUAAUUGUGUCCUGUUUUUUGCUCUUGAGGAAUGAAAUAUGUGCCUAAUUGAUUGUAAGGAGCUACGGUGGUCUGAGUUUUUGAAUCAACUAAUAUAGCAGAUGAAGUUGUGAGUA